UGUGGCGCUCUGCGCAGCUCAAGUUGAAGACUACUGAUCUUCACCACGACACUUCAGGGAAAGCUAAACUGCAUUUUGAAAGGCAAACAAUGAAUUAUUCAAACGCAUGAAGUACAGUAGUCGCAUCUGCCACACGGUUCAACCUUCAUAACGCUAGAGAUUAGUGAACUAAAGCCAUUGUGCAGCGAAGACAGCGCACGGCGCACAGGGACAGAUCAUGCACUGUCAAGCCGAGUUGAGGCUCUCCUCCCCCGGACAGCUGAAGGCUGCCAGGCGGCGCUACAAGACUUUCAUGAUUGACGAGAUCCUGUCCAAGGAGACUUGUGAUUAUUUUGAGAAACUUUCACUCUACUCGGUGUGCCCUUCGCUCAUUGUACGGCCGAAGCCUCUUCAUUCAUGCUCCGGCUCCUCGUCGCUACGUGCCUACCCUCUCCUCUCAGUGAUCACGCGGCAGCCCCCCACCCUGCCCCUCCACCUCCCCCAGCCGUCUUCUCCAGGCGGGGUCCCCUCGCACCUGCUCUCCCCACAGCAUCAGCGAGGCUCUGAGCCCUCGCCCAGCCAGACGCCCCUCAGCAUCAGCAGUGAGUCAGAAACUGAGCGCAGCACGCCUCGCCUGAAGAAGCCGCGGCGCAGUCGCACCAUCUUCACCGAGCUGCAGCUGAUGGGCCUUGAGAAGAAGUUCCAGAAGCAGAAGUACCUGUCCACACCUGAUAGGUUAGACCUGGCCCAGUCACUUGGUCUCACACAGCUUCAGGUGAAGACAUGGUACCAAAACAGGCGCAUGAAGUGGAAGAAACUGGUGCUCAAAGGAGGUCACGAGGCCCCAACUAAGCCCAAGGGAAGACCCAAGAAGAACUCCAUUCCCACCACGGAAGAGAUAGAGGCUGAGGAACGAAGACUGAGGUCGGAGGAGGAGGACAGAAUGAGGAGGGCGAACGAGGAAGCAGUACUGGCUCAGGGGGGAGAGGCGUCUCAGCUUGAACCUCAAGAUCUCAGUUCGGAAACUCACAAUCCAGCCACGGCGAUGGAGGGAUCCGAGCGAGAGCCGGCGCUCACGAUGCAGUCAGAGACUCACACAGCCAGCUAAGCAAGAGCGAAACAACCAAAGACUGACGUCAGCCUGAAAACAAAUAGUGCCUCAGGAUCACUGUAAAAAGCCUGUGUGGUGUGUGGAGCCAUUUGCUUUAGGGAUUUGACUGGAAAUAUAUUGCUGGAAUCCAAUCUUUACCUAAUGUAGCCUUUUUAUUAUUUUUUGUGUAUCAGAAAAUGUACCGUACAAAGAGCUAAAAUGCAACACACUGAUUGCACUGGUAGAAAACUGGCCUAAAAAAGUGCACUGUGCACAUUUUCCCUCGUAUAAGGAGUGUAAAUCUGUCCAAUCCAAGCAGGUCAGUCAAAGCAUAUCGCUUCCCAAGCAUCACAACCGUGAAAGAUCACACCACCGACCCUCCAAGCUGCCUCACAUGCAUGUGCCAGAAUAUCGAGAUUUGCCUUACUGUAGUGUCUCUAUGUAUCUAUGUAUUAUAAAGCCACUUCACUGCCAAAAAACUCAUAUUAAAUGGCUUCAGUGCCUUGUCGGUCUCAGAGGAAAGCUUUUAAAGUGUCGAUAAAAUAACUAUCAAAUGCAAGUAUAUUUUUUACAGUGAUUUUUCAUAACAAGUGCCAUUUUUUGGAGACAGAGUUGUAAAGUUUCGAAGAGCACUUCUAUGUUUACAUCGGAAUUCCUCUGCACAGCUUUAAGGUGCAAAAUGUGUUCAUUAUUUGGUCAGUAAAGCUUGCAUUUUAUUUUUUUUUUCAUUCUGAAAAGUCAAUCUUUCUGCCAAGCCAUACACUGUAUCAUACUGUAGAAAUGUGUAUAAAGUAUAAAAUAUAUGGUCUUUCGGAUAUAUAUGUAAAACAGUAUUUUUAACUGCUGUUUUAAAUUGGAUUAAAUAGUUUGUAUGUACAA